AUGUCUCUACCAGCUACUUUUGACUUGACCCCAGAAGAUGCCCAACUUUUGUUGGCUGCUAACACCCACUUAGGUGCCAGAAACGUUCAAGUUCACCAAGAACCAUACGUUUUCGAUGCCAGACCAGAUGGUGUCCACGUUAUCAACGUUGGUAAGACUUGGGAAAAAUUGGUCUUGGCUGCUAGAAUCAUCGCUGCCAUUCCAAACCCAGAAGAUGUUGUUGCCAUUUCCUCUAGAACUUACGGUCAAAGAGCUGUCUUGAAGUUCGCUGCUCACACUGGUGCCACCGCCAUUGCUGGUAGAUUCACACCAGGUUCUUUCACCAAUUAUAUCACCCGUUCUUUCAAGGAACCAAGAUUAGUCAUUGUCACUGACCCAAGAUCAGAUGCUCAAGCUAUCAAGGAAGCUUCUUACGUUAACAUCCCAGUCAUUGCUUUGACCGAUUUGGAUUCCCCAUCUGAAUACGUUGAUGUUGCUAUUCCAUGUAACAACAGAGGUAGACAUUCUAUUGGUUUAAUCUGGUACUUAUUGUCCAGAGAAGUUUUGAGACUAAGAGGUGCUCUUGCUGACAGAACUCAACCAUGGUCUAUUAUGCCAGAUUUAUACUUCUACAGAAACCCAGAAGAAGUUGAACAAACUACUGAAGAAACUGAAGAAGAAGCUGGUGAAGAAACUGUUAAGGAAGAAGCCACUGAAGAAGAAAAUGCUGCUUCCGAAUGGGCUGAAGAAGGUACUGAAGCCGAUGCCGUCGCCUGGUAA